AUGUUGGAUGACGUUAAGAAGCGUCUUGAAUUUCCUAAUGCAGUUAUUCAGUCACAGGCAGUGGGUCAUCUGAUUGCUGCAGUACUGAAAGAAAAUAUUUCUUCGGAGAAGAUCAGACAGGCGUCUGACCAGACUCCUGCUCUGAACUUGCUUUGGGAGAAGUGCUGCAGUGAGAAUGUUGCCUUGCGAACAGCCUGCUCCGAGGGGUUGGUGGCACUUGUUGCUGAGAAACAUGCUGAGUUUGAUUAUGUUCUUCAUGGAGCUCUCAACCUAAUUCCUUCAGCAAGGAAUGUGCAUGGAUUAGUAAAAACUAUUUGGAAAUUACUACAAAUACAAGCUAUUCAACUGGAAAAAGAUGGAGAUGACACUGUUUGGAACCUGUAUGGAAUCAGGAACACUCCUCAUCCAUUAAUCACUGUCCUUGAAAACAGACCUGAUUGCUGGCCAGUUCUACUGCAGCAGAUAACAGUAUUUUUCCAUCAGUGUCCAGAGAGGGCACAGAGUUCAUGUGUUGGCAUAAUGGCUCCAUUUCUAAGAUACCUGUAUUGCGAACCAUCUCAGUUACGGGAAUAUGCUGAACUGCGAAUGGGUUUACUUAAGGUCUUACUACAGCCUCAUGGUCCAAAGCACAAAGAAGCACCCUCCAUGCUGGAAUGCCACAUUCUUCAACUUCUGUGUGAUUUGAUUCCACACCUUCAGCUUAAAGACUUACUGCAAGUUACAGAAGCUUUGUUUUUUCUGCAAGAGCUAUUCCUCAGCUUACUGCGCUAUCCUGUGUUUUGGAAAGCUCAGUUAUCCCAGUUUUGUCUGCAAUUGGUUUGCUUCUGUGAAGUGUGUUUAAACGUAACGGGAGAAUGCUCAUCUUUGAUCUCCUUAAUAGAGGACAACUUUGAGCUCUUAAAAGAGGUAUUUCCAGUGGAACAGUGUAUAAUUGGGCUAGCACUUCUACUGCUGCAAACACCAGAAAGUCAGCAAAAGUCUGUCUUGAGUUUAGCCUACAAGCUCCUUUCCUGUUCAGAAACCCAGAAUAUCUCAACCACAGCCCUUGCUUUGGUGAUGCCUGUGCUACAGAUCUUAUCUUCUACAACAGUUGGGGACUGCCUAUCAGAGGAGGAUUCUGGAACUACCAGGCAGCAGCUGGCAACAGAUCUUCUGAGAAUAUUGCAGGAGGAAAGUGUGAAGGAUAAAAGGGAAUUGGUGGCCUGCAGACUUAUUUUCCCCAUAACCAGCUCUUACAGCUCAUUGUAUACAACCUGGAAGAUCGUAGAGCUCAUGAAAGAGAAGUCUGCCAUUACUAACUGGUUAUCUUCGGUGAAAUCACUGCUACCUGUUACAACUCAAGUCCCUGCCCAUGUUUUUCUUCUGCUGGCUUGUCUUCUGAUCCGAGAAAAUGGAGACAGUCUUCGUGAUGUACUCCAUGCUACUACAGAAAUAGCAAAGGCUGAUUGUUCUCAGGUCCCAAAUCUGAUCUCAGUUUUGAUAUUUAAAUUGGGAAGACCUUUGGAGCCUGCACUUUACAGGGAUAUAUUGUAUACAUUGCCUACACUGGGUGUACACAAGGUUUGCGUAGCUCAGAUUCUUCGUGCCAUACACAUGCUUGGGAGCACACCAAAGCUUAGAGCAAUUACUUUGCGGCUGAUGACAUCCUUGUGGGAAAGACAGGAUCGAAUUUACCCAGAAUUGCAGAAGUUCUUGGCCAUGUCUGAUAUGCCCUCUUUAUAUGUUGACAAAGAUGCUCAGUGGGAAAAGCUGAUUGCUAAAGCUGCUUGUAUAAGAGAUAUAUGUAGGCAGAGGCCGUACCAACAUGGAGCAGACAUGUUGGCUGCAAUUUCCCAGGUAUUAAAUGAAUGCACAAAACCUGAUCAAGCUUCGCCUGCUGCCAUAGUGUUACAGGGUCUUCAGGCACUUUGUGAGGCUGAGGUUGUUUGCAUCCGUUCUACAUGGAAUGCUCUGUCACCAAAGCUGAGUUGUGAUACAAGACCCUUCAUUUUAAAAGCACUGAAUGAAUUGUUUGCGCUGGUUCCCUCACUAGCAGUGAAUACAAAUGAAUAUGAGAAAUUCAAAGCUCAAGUUAUCAGCUUCCUUUGGAACAACACACAAAACAAGGAUGCCGUUGUAGCCAUUUCAGCCUAUAAAUCACUCUCAUCAUUUGGUUCUGAAGAACAUACAAUUCAUCAUCUUCCUGAACAGGCACGACCAGAAGUUGACCCACAGGAGGAGGCAGACAUGAAUGAAGAUGAAGAGGAGAAGGAGGUGGAUCUUUUUGUUCCAGGUUCUUCGUAUAUCAAGCUUUUAUCUCUAACACCAGCUUCUGUUUUAGGAGCAUUUGAAGAGUUUGCAGCAUCACUUGUGAAACAGGAGAUGACCAACAUGCCCCGUGGUGUGUAUCAUUCUGCCUUGAGAGGAGGGACCAUGCGCUCGGAUCAGGGGAAGACUAUGGCAGGUGUUCCAAACUUCUUGCUGAAAAUGUAUGAGAGGAACAAACAACCAGGCAUGACGCCAGGCCUUGCAGCUGGCAUGUUGUUGUGUUAUGACCUUCCAGUUCAUACGGGCAAAGAUGGGAAGCCUAUUAACCGAUUUCUGGUCAGCAGGGGACGCAAUUUCCAGCAAAUGUUGGUAGCCCUCAUUCAUGAGGUUAACAUUCAGCCUUCUGAAUGGCACCGCUCCGUACUGCUGCCACAGUCCUGGUUAGGAUUUAUGAAUCGAACGUACAAUGCAGUCCUGCAGGGGAGGCAGGCAGAGCUGGAGAUGCAGUUAAAGCAUGGAAAAGAGGAUCCUGAAGAGGUGCAGUACAAACAAUUUACAGCCUGGCUCUGGGUCAGAGAUAUGUUAACUGAUGUCAUCAAAGGUGCUUCCAAAGACAGCUCAGUGGUGAAAGGAAACUCUAUUUUUGCCUUAACUGGUCUUGCAGUUGCUGUAGCCAAAUAUGAAAGCAGCCUUUCCUCAGACACUGAAGGGAUGCCUGAGACUGAACCUGAUUUUCUUCCCACAAAACACUGGAUUUCUAUGGUCACGGAAACCCUCUUUAGUAUUGUGAAUAGCCGCUAUCACCCUAAAGGUCAAGUCUUCCCAUGGUUCUACCAGAAAUCCUAUUCGGGCGAAAAUACUGCUAGUAUUAUAGCUCGCUCCUGUGCAGCCACUGCUUUGUCUCUCCUGGUGCCAGUUUUCAUUGUAUCAUGCAAGGAGAAGGUUGAGGAGGUCCUGAAUAUGCUGACUGACAGAUUACCUGGGAAACCAAAUGCUGAUGAGUCUCAAGCUGUUCAAAUCCACAUGGGCCUUGGUUUGGGGAUGUUUAUCUCACGUUUGUAUGAAGAAAAAGUCAGUGAUGUACCUGGUCAACAGAUGAACUUAGUUCUAAUGAAGUCCCUGGAUGCUUUGGAAGACUGCUGCUUUGACACCAGUCUGGAGUACAACACUGGAUGUAUUUUGGGAGUUGGACUUGUUCUUUCACUUAUGAGUCACAGUAGCCAAACAGAAUCACGAGUGCAUGUUGCUGCUUCAUUGCGAAAACUCUGCAAAUACCUGGACAGCAGUGAGGACCAAAGCAGAUGCGUCCAGGAGGUACUUGCCUAUUCUGUGGCCUGUUCCUGUGUCUCUGCUUUCAGUGUUGGAAUCAUAGAAGCAGCUGAGGCUGAGGAUGCCAUGAACAAGCUACGGACCUUAUUGGAAAAUAAUCAGCAGACCCACAGUUUUGCUUUAGCUCUGGGUGCAAUAGUACAUGGCUUGUCAGCUUGUGGUCAUGGAAAAGCCGAAGACCUGAGUAACAGACUAAUGCAAGCCUGGGUAAAAAUUGUGCUUGCAGAGGGUUCUCCAACAAUGCAGCGUCUGGCUGCUGUCAAUGGGCUGGUUGCACUGGUGGGCUCUGAAGGAGGCAUGAUACAGCUGAAAUCUGAGAGCAUUCAGUCCUCCCAGUUUCAAAGUAAGCUGAAUGAAGUCAUCAGAACCCUUACACAGAUAAUCAGUUUUUCAGGGCAGAUUGGCCUUCAGACAAAUGCAGCAGGGCUUUUGGGACACCUUCAUAUGUCCUGUUUGUCUUCUACCCAGAAUAGGGCAUCCGUCCCACCAGAUUUUAGCUACUUGCCUGAAAACAGCUUUAUCAGGGCAGCCAUUGACUUUGCUAUUGAAAGUGGAAAGAAAGGCCCUGAAUCUGUCCCAACUGAGCUGGUGAAAGUAGCACUGGCUCCUAUUGCAUUAGUUGGAGAAAGCCAUCAGUAUCCACCUGUAAACUGGGCAUCCGUUCUUUCUCCUCUGAUGAGGCUAAACUUUGGUGAUGAGGUAAAACAUCUGUGCCUUCAACUGGCUGUGACACAGGCCCAGUCAUCUCAAAAUGCAGCAAUGCUUUUGGGGAUGUGGGUGGCACCUCCCCUUGUCUACAGUCUCAGUAUGAAAACCCAGAAAUACCUUUUCGUGUCCCUGCCCCUGUGGAUGAAACAUGUUGCAGAAGACAAACUACAGUCUUUUACAGAAGUGUUUCUGAUACAACAGUUUGAAGUGAAGAACCGCAAAAAAAAACCAGAAAUCUGCCAGUGCGUUUUACAGGGGCUCACACAGGCAAUGAAACUUCCAAGCCCUGCUCAGUACUGCUGGAGUGUUCUGUGCCAGGCUGUGGAGAAAAUAUUUGAGCUUCUACCAAAUGAAGUUCAGAGAGGCGAACUGGACAUGUAUGUUGAUGUAGCAAAAUGUAUCUCAGAAAUGGCAGAUUCAGAGAUUGAUCGCAUUGUCCAGAUCUCUAAGAACAAUAUAGAGAAGGCCACAUUCGUGAAAGUGUAUUUAAUUUCUCAAGGCAGACUGCCUCUUAUGAACUUGAGUGCCGUGAUUGAUACUGUGACAGAAUAUCACCAGAAAGAAAAUAUUUUAUGGAUGCUUUUGAAUGGUUUCUAUCACGCUCGUAUUGUGAGCCAUGAAAACACAGGAGUGCUGAAAAGAAUGAACUGGCUGCUAGACCUGAUGGGCUAUAUCAGAAAUUUAGCAUACAAGUCAACACCCUUACAAAAUGUCGAUGUUAAAGAGUGCAUAGAUUUUCUCCUGUGGCUGUUUGCAGCUUCUGUGGUGGCCUGGGCUGACCAUGGUGCACCAUUACUACUUGGUCUCAGUGCUAACUGGUCACCGUGGAAGCACCAAAUGAUACUACCAGAAUUAUCUGGGGAUCACAUUGGCAAGCACCCCACUGACAAACUUGCUGUGCAAGAAACUCUCACUCUCCUUCCAAGCAGCAUUUCCCUUUUGCUGGCUAAAGAGCCUUGGAAAGAACAAACACAGAAGUUCAUUGACUGGCUGAUCAAUAUGAUGGAAAGUCCUAAGGAAUCAUUGUCGAAAUCUUCCACAGACCUGCUGAAAGUUACGCUUCUGGCCUUGAGAUCUCUUGCAGAGUUCAAGAAGAAAGCGGUGUGGACUAAAGCUUAUGGGUGGUAG